AUGGCGUGUUACAUUUACUUCGGAGAUAACACAAAAAGUAUUCUCCAGGCAGCAUCAUGUUUUGUUGUAGCUUUGGAAAUAAUAAAAGGAAGAGCGUUAGAGCCCAGGGAUGAGAUCGCUAUCCUAGGAGAAAAAUUUCACUCCAAAAUGUCUUUGAAGAAUCACGUGGUUGGAGUGGACGAGGAGGUGCGUCAGCUAUUGGACCUGAAAGGCCUGGCUGCCCAACGCGACUUAGGCCUACCCAAAGGUCAGAACCAGCAUAAUAUAGGCCUACUCAAGAGUCAGAGAAAUUCCGGCGACGGUGCUGCUGCCACUACUACCAACAACGGAGCUGCCAGUGCUGCUGAGGUUGAUGCCGGCCAUCAGUCAGGUGUAGGAGGGAAAGUUUCUCUGGUGAAAACCCAGGAGGAGAGAGAGAAGAUGCUAGAGGCGGUCAAGAGCCACCACUCACACCUCGACGAACCAGUGAUGCCAGACGGAGAAUUGCUACGCCAGGGAGCCAGCAGCCAGGUGGAGCGUCACCAGGAACUUGACCAGCCAGAGAUCACUCACCAUCAGCUCCAGCUGGACUUACCUUCUAAGGGGAUCCAAGAGACACUCUACGACCAGGACGUGCGUGGACCUCUUCUCCACGAUGACACAAAGUUGCAGAAUCCACAUGUGCGUUACACCCCUCUGGAUCUGGCAUUGUACGUCUACAAGACGGGAGACGAAGAGGGAGUUACUCUUGCCAUCCAGGAGCUCAUUGCUGAGGGUUUG